AUGCCGCCAUUCAAGACUAUGAUACCGACAAAUAGUCGGCCAAAUGAAUGGAAAAUUGAACAAGGACUUGCUGGAGCCGAGCUCCCGGUCAUUGAUAUGACCGAGCCCGAGACCAAGUCUCUCAUUUUCCAGACUUUUCCGAAGGAACUCACCAAGGAUGAGGAAGCUAUCAAGAGCGUGGGUGAUCCUAACAAGCUUUUCGUUAGGGAGCGAGAGGGAUGGGUUGGCUUCGUUGAAUGGGAGAAUCAUCCCGACAAGAAGGCAGCGGCGCACAAGAUCCUGACUUCGCAAAAGUUCCCGCCCAACCCAGAAUUUCAGCUUGGUCCCAUCCCACCGACCAACCCGGUCCUUCCGGGCACCCGUUGGAAGAUGUGGCACCACGCUGUCGGCGGUGAACUCACCCGGGUUCCUGAUGAUUCUUGGGCAAUUGUCCUCAAGGAGAAGCAUAAGGAUAUGCUUCAUCUCUUGCAGUUUCCGUACAACGGGGAGCCCCCAAAGCGUCUGGUUACUGACAAGGAGAUUACUCCCAAUAACCUUCAUUUUGUGAGAAAUCAUGGAGGAAUCCCGAUCAUCGAUAAGGACAAGUUCAGUUUCAUGAUGGACGGUCUUGUCGCAAAGCCUCGUGAAUACACUUUGGAUGAUCUCAUGGAUGAGUCCAGGUUCCCACGCAUCAAAAAGACUGUCACUAUUCAAUGCUCUGGAACCCGCCGCAUUGAGCAGAUUCUCAAGUAUCCCGGUCAAGGUGAUGAGAUCCCUCAAGCACCCUGGGCCGAGGGUGCGAUUGGUACGGCUGAAUAUACGGGUAUCAGUCUUAAGAAGGUAAUCAAGGAGUGUGGAGGCUUGAUUGAUGGUGCCAAGCACCUGGAAUUCUAUGGCGCCGAGACUUACUUCAAGGAUGACAAGUGCAUGAACUAUCUCGUCAGUGUGCCUUGGUCCAAGGUAAAGGCGAAUGAAGUGUUGCUCGCAUGGGAAAUGAACGGCGAACCUCUGCCCGCCAUUCACGGAUUCCCUCUCCGCAUUGUUGUCCUUGGAUACAUCGGAGCUCGAAGCGUCAAGUGGCUCUAUCGUGUCAAAGCCAUCAAGGACCCGUCUCGAGCACCGGUCCAGAGCGCGGAAUAUCUGUACUUCCCGCAGCAGGUCGGAAAGCACAAUUUGAAAAUGACUGACGGCAUUCAAAUCCAAGAAAUGCCAGUCAGCUCUGGAAUCAUGUUCCCGUGGACAAAGCAAGUUGUCAUUCACAACGGCAAGAUUCGCUGCAAGGGCUGGGCCUAUUCUGGAGGAGGCCGAUGGCCAGAGCGCGUGGAAUUGUCUGCCGAUGGCGGCUUUAACUGGUACACGAUUCCUCUGGAGAAUCUAUCCAAGAAACGGAAAUGGACUUGGCGAACAUGGCAUUAUGACCUGCCCUGCGAUGUUGAGGGCUGGGUUGAGAUUGUUGUCCGCUGUUGGGAUAAUGCAAUGAACACCCAGCCUCCUGAGAUUCGUACAGCUUGGAACUGGGGCUUGCAUGUUACGCACUCUUGCCACCGCAUUUCGGUGUAUAGUGUCAACAGGACCCGACCAAAGACUGACGCUCGUCUUAAAGAGUUCGAAGACAGGGGCAUCCCAUUUGGCCCUAUCACGGUGCCACUUGAAUUCCCCUCGCAGACUUGGGAAGAUUAUGAGAAGUUUUGGAGGGAGCAUGAUCCUCGUGAUGCUGAAGAUGACUGA